GUUUUGGGGGACCGACGGUUACUUUCCCCUCCGUUUCCAUCUCUUCCCCAGCCACCUGGAUAACCACUCGCUCUGGGAGCCGAAGAUCUUUGCCACUUGCUGCUUCAGGAUCAUCAUGUACUCGAUCCAGCCGCAGCACUCCCACCUCGUGAUCCAGCAGCUCCUGGGGCACCUGGACGCCAACAGCAAGAGCGCGGCCACCGUGCGCGCGGGCAUCGUGGAGGUGCUCUCGGAGGCAGCGGUGAUCGCAGCCUCCGGAUCUGUCGGCCCCACGGUGCUGGAGGUUUUCAACACCCUGCUGAGGCAGCUGCGGCUCAGCAUCGACUACGCGCUCACGGGGAGCUACGACUGCGCCGCCGGCGUCAGCACCAAGAUCAUCAAGGAGCACGAGGAGAGGAUGUUCCAGGAGGCCGUCAUUAAAACCAUAGGGUCCUUCGCCAGCACGCUGCCCACCUACCAGCAGUCUGAGGUGAUGGUCUUCAUCAUGAACAAGGUGCCGCUGCCCUCCUCGCAGCCGUCCCUCGAGACUGGCAAAGCCGGGGAGAACCGGAAUCGGCUGACACAGAUAAUGCUCCUGAAGUCCCUCCUCCAGGUCUCUGUGGGCUUCCAGUGCAGUAACAUGCUGACAGCUCUUCCCAGCGUCUUCCUGGACAGGCUGCUCUCCGCAGCCCUCAUGGAGGAUGCUGAGAUCCGCCUCUUUGUCCUCGAGAUCCUCAUCAGCUUCAUCGAUCGUCACGGGAACCGCCAGAAAUUCUCCACCAUCAGCACCAUCAGUGACAUCUCGGUCCUGAAGCUGAAAGUGGACAAAUGCUCACGCCAAGAUACUGUCUUCAUGAAGAAGCAUGGCCAGCAGCUCUACCGGCACAUCUACCUGAUCUGCAAGGAGGAGAGCAACGUGCAGGCUCACUACGAAGCUCUCUACAGCAUGCUGAUGCUCAUCAGCAUCGAGCUGGCUAACGAGGAGGUCGUGGUGGACCUCAUCCGCCUGGUGCUGGCAGUGCAGGAGAUUGCCCAGAUCAACGAGGACAACUUGACGGCGUACAACCGCUGCGCGCUCUUCGCCCUCGGUGCGGCUUACCUGAACCUCAUCAGCCAGCUCAUCACUGUGCCCACCUUCUGCCAGCACAUCCACGAG